GGGCUGCAGGGUCCCAGUAUGGCGACGGCAUUGACGGACCCGGCGCAGGUGUCUGUGACCUUUGAUGAUGUGGCUGUGACUUUCACCCAGGAGGAGUGGGGGCAGCUGGACCUAGCUCAGCGGACCCUGUACCAGGAGGUGAUGCUGGAAAACUGUGGGCUCCUGGUGUCUCUGGGGUGUCCUGUUCCCAGACCUGAGCUGAUCUACCACCUAGAGCAUGGGCAGGAGCCCUGGACCAGGAAGGAAGACCUCUCCCAAGGCACCCGUCCAGGUGACAAAGCAAAACCCAAGAACACAGAACCUACCACUUGCAAGCUAGCCUUGUCUGGAGGAGUCUCGCUCUGGGGCCAACUAAGACAAGGAACUUCAGGAGACUUCCAGUUGGGGCAACCCAAGGAUCAGGAUGGGUUUUCAGAAAUGCAGGGAGAACACUUGCGACCAGGCAUAGAUUCCCAAAAGGAGACACUUCCUGGAAAAAUGAGCCCCAAACAUGAUGGUUUAGGGACAGCUGAUAGUGUGUGUUCAAGGAUUAUACAGGAUCAAGUCUCCUUAGGAGAUGAUGUCCAUGACUGUGACUCACAUGGAUCAGGUAAAAAUCCAGUUAUUCAGGAAGAGGAAAAUAUUUUUAAAUGCAAUGAAUGUGAAAAAGUAUUUAACAAGAAACGCCUGCUUGCUCGGCAUGAGAGGAUUCACUCUGGAGUAAAGCCCUAUGAAUGCACAGAGUGUGGAAAAACCUUUAGCAAGAGUACAUACCUCCUGCAACACCACAUGGUCCACACUGGGGAGAAGCCCUAUAAGUGCAUGGAAUGUGGGAAGGCUUUUAACCGCAAGUCACACCUUACUCAGCACCAGCGGAUUCACAGUGGAGAGAAGCCUUACAAGUGCAGUGAAUGCGGAAAGGCCUUCACCCACCGCUCCACUUUUGUCUUGCAUAACAGGAGCCACACUGGAGAAAAACCCUUUGUGUGCAAAGAGUGUGGCAAAGCCUUUCGAGAUAGGCCGGGUUUCAUUCGACACUACAUCAUCCACAGUGGUGAGAAUCCCUACGAGUGCUUCGAAUGUGGCAAGGUCUUCAAACACAGGUCAUACCUCAUGUGGCACCAGCAGACUCAUACUGGGGAGAAGCCCUACGAGUGCAGUGAAUGUGGGAAGGCCUUCUGUGAGAGCGCGGCCCUCAUUCACCACUAUGUCAUCCACACUGGGGAGAAGCCCUUUGAGUGCCUGGAGUGUGGGAAGGCUUUCAACCACCGAUCAUACCUCAAGAGGCACCAGCGGAUUCACACUGGGGAGAAGCCUUACGUGUGCAGUGAAUGUGGAAAGGCCUUCACCCACUGCUCUACCUUUAUCUUGCAUAAAAGGGCCCACACUGGAGAAAAACCUUUUGAGUGCAAAGAAUGUGGAAAAGCCUUUAGCAAUAGGGCAGACCUCAUUCGACAUUUCAGCAUCCACACUGGAGAGAAGCCCUAUGAGUGCACGGAGUGUGGGAAGGCCUUCAACCGCAGGUCAGGCCUCACGAGGCACCAGCGGAUUCAUAGUGGAGAGAAGCCCUAUGAAUGCAUCGAGUGUGGGAAAACAUUUUGCUGGAGCACAAACCUCAUUCGACACUCCAUCAUCCACACUGGAGAGAAACCGUAUGAGUGCAGUGAAUGUGGAAAGGCCUUCAGUCGCAGCUCAUCCCUGACUCAGCAUCAAAGGAUGCAUACUGGGAGAAAUCCUAUAAGUGUGACAGAUGUGGGAAGACCUUUCACAAGUGGGCAGACCUCAGUCAACAUCGAAGAACUUUUAUUGGGGAAAAACUUUUUGAAUGUCACCACUGAGGAAAAUCUUUUGCAAGAGGAAGCAUCUUACAUGGCUUCUGAUCAACCAUACCAAAGAGAAACCCCACAAGUGUCUUCACUGUGAGAAAACCUGUUGCAGAAUAUUAUGUGUCACCUAAGGAGACAUAUUAGAAAAUCACACAGCUUAGAGCCUUAUUCUCCAUCUGAAUUCGUCCUGGAAAAACACCCAGUGGUUAUUAUGCACUUAGGAAAACCUUUAGCUCCAUCUUUCUCAUUAGUUUACAGUGCAGUGUUAUCUCAGGAAUUUUUAUAAAAAGAGGUGACAUAGAAAAGAAAAUGAAAUGCAAACACUGCUUCUUUUAUACUGUUGUCUUGUAUGUACAUUUCUGUCCAAUGUCAGGAAAGUAAGGGAAGGUCUGGGAACAUAAUGUCUUUGUUCUACCACAUUGUCUCUUGGGAAGCACUUGUUUAUAUGAGAGAUGUGAAGGCUUGAGUUAUGAAAUACUUUUAUAUUUAACGAUAAAAGGAAACAUGAAUGUGCACAUUUUAUUG